GCUUCUAUAACCAGGAGGGGCCCAUGGACACUGGGGCCAGGGCUGGGUGGCCACCAGGCCCAGGGCUUACUGCGCCCCCUCCCAGGGCGAGAAGACACCAGCCUGUGGGCAAGCAGGAUGGAGGGUGACAGAGAGCCUUGGGGGUCUGGGCCUUGGGGGUGGGAGGGAGUUGGGGCAGAGGGCUACUCUGGGGCUCCAGACCCAGCAGGCUGAGGAAAGGAGCCUUGAGGUGGGGUGGGGUGCCCAAGCCCCUUGCCCUACCCUCUUCACUGGGGGUGGGGCCCUUAUCAAGCGGAGACGUCACCGUUUGGUAUCAAAUGCCAAAGUCUAAGCCAGGACCAUCUGCCAUGACCCUGAUGACACCUGAUAGGAGAGGUCCCCGGGUUCCCAGCUCCCAGCCACUUCCGGCCCUUGCCUCAGCACUGCUACCCAGCAGGGCUUCUCCCAGCCAGGACCAGCGAGGGAGCCAGGCAGCCAGGGACCCUCAGCUCUGCCCCUUGAAACUGGACUGGGCUUGCCUGACAGCCAUCUGAGAUCCAGGCUUGGGCCUGGGUCUCUUCCUGGCCGAAAUCCAUGCCAAAUUCCCUCACCGGUGACCAGGUCCCCCCCAGUACUCUGGACAUGGUUGGCCUGGUGGACCGGAGCCUAGGAAAUGCAGGGACCUCCAGUUCUGCCCCCGUCUUGGAAGAAGGGGACAUGGACCCCUGGGCCCUUCCUCAACUGAAGGACACUGGCCAGUCCUGGAAAGAGCUCAGCGUGGCCGGCAGGGUGCGACGGGUGACGACUGGUCUCCUCAAGGCCUGCGGGCUCCUGGGCAGCCUCUACCUCUUCAUCUGCUCCCUGGACAUCCUCAGCUCUGCCUUCCAGCUGCUGGGCAGCAAACUGGCCGGAGACAUCUUCCAGGAGAGCGCGGUGCUGUCCAACCCCGUGGCUGGGUUAGUCAUUGGUGUGUUGGUAACCGUUCUUGUGCAGAGCUCCAGCACAUCCUCCUCCAUCGUGGUCAGCAUGGUGGCCUCCAAGUUGCUGACCGUCCGGGCCUCUGUGCCCAUCAUCAUGGGUGUCAACGUGGGCACAUCCAUCACCAGCACCCUGGUCUCUAUGGCACAGUCAGGGGACCGGGAUGAGUUUCGGAGGGCCUUUGGGGGCUCGGCGGUGCACGGCAUCUUCAACUGGCUCACGGUGCUGAUACUGCUGCCUCUGGAGAGCGCUGUAUUCCCCCUGGAGAGGCUCAGCGCCUUGGUCCUGGAUGUCACUAGUCUGCAGGCUGGGGUGCAAGCGCCUGACAUCCUCAAGGUGCUGACACAGCCGCUCACACACCUCAUUGUGCAGCUGGACAAUGAUGUGAUUACUGGCAGCGUCACGGGCAACGCCACCAACAGCAGCCUCAUUAAGCGAUGGUGCGGCACUAGGGGCCAGAUGACCACAGGGAACAGCAGUGACUGUGGAGCAGAUGCCCUUGGUCCCUGCCCCGGGAGGAAUGCCUCGGUCACCAUGGAGCAGCUGCCCUGCCACCACCUGUUCGCAGGCACAACACUCACGGACAUGGCUGUGGGCUUCAUCUUGCUGGCUGCCUCCCUGCUGGUCCUCUGCACCUGCCUGGUCCUCAUUGUCAAGCUGCUCAACUCCAUGCUCCGUGGCCGUAUCGCCCAGGCUGUGAGAGUGGUCAUCAACGCUGACUUCCCCUUCCCGUUCGCCUGGCUCAGCGGCUACCUGGCCAUCCUGGUGGGCGCCGGCCUGACCUUCGUGCUCCAAAGCAGCAGCGUCUUCACAGCAGCCAUUGUGCCGCUCCUGGGUGAGCCUGGCUCCUGGGUGAGCCUGGCUCCUGGGGGUCGGGGUGAUCAGCCUGGAGCGGGUGUACCCCCUCUUACUGGGCUCCAACAUUGGCACCACCACCACGGCCCUGCUGGCUGCCCUGGCCAGCCCCUCAAACAUGCUGCUCAGUGCCCUCCAGGUUGCCCUCAUCCACUUCUUCUUCAACCUGGCUGGCAUUCUGCUGUGGUACGUGGUGCCCGCCCUGCGGCUGCCCAUCCCGCUGGCCAAGCGCUUCGGGGACCUGACCGCCCGCUACCGCUGGGUGGCCAUCGCCUACCUACUGCUCAGUUUCCUGCUGCUGCCGCUGGCUGCCUUCGGGCUCUCCCUGGCGGGGGACACGGUGCUGGCCGCGGUCGGGGGGCCCUUGGUGGCACUGGUGCUCCUCCUCGUCCUGGUCAACGUCCUGCAGAGGCGUCGGCCAGCCUGGCUGCCCCGCCCUCUGAGGUCCUGGGCCUGGCUCCCCCUCUGGCUCCACUCUCUGGAGCCCUGGGACCGCCUGCUGAGCCGCUGUUGCCCCUGCAGGGCCUGCAGUACCCCUCAGGCCGCCACCAAGGAGGCCCACUGCUACGAGAACCCCGAGAUCCUGGCCUCCCAGCAGUUGUGAGGCUGGGAUACCCUGAGGUAUCCCAGCUGCAGUGGACUUCUGAGUCACCUGGUUUGCCUUCUUUGCAAAUAAAUGAGGUUGUGACCCAGAUGUGGGGGGUCUUUACUCCCCGACAGGACUGCCUGGGGAUCCCCCCCCUCCAAAGGGUGCUGGGGUGGAGCAGCGCCUUUGCUGCCCUCUAGCGGACACUAGGGGGCCCGUGCUGAGCCGGCAUGGGAGCCGGUGGUCCCCGUAGGUGUGGACACACAGAUGACCCCCCCCCCGACCCCAGGCAGCACCCCGGAGCACGGACACUUCCUGCAGCAAGAAGCUGGGGUCCAGGGAGGUUGGAUGAGGCUGGGGCUCUUCCCCAUGGGUGCAGGGAAGAGGGGUGGCCGGCCUCCACUUCCCACUGCCCGGGAGGAUGCCUGUGAGGAAGCCGCAGGCUCCGGCGCUGGCAGUCCUCCCACUGUCCAGCCAUUGUCCCCCACCCCCGUUGCCCUGGAGGACGCCAUCACUGGACUGCGGGCAGGCACCCCUCGCCCACUGCUACUCACGGUCCUGUUCUUUUACCACCCCCAGCCCCUCUCAGUCCCCUCAGGACUGCACCCCGUGUGCCCCAGGCCCUUCAGUCCCUCACCACUCCCAUGAACCCAGCCCCCUGACCCCCAACAAAUUCCUAGGACUCCUGAGCCUGGGUUCACCCUGUCCACCAAGGAAAGUGGCCUCUGUUCUGAAAGCCAUGAGGGGCCUCAUGGGAGUGAGACCCCUGGAGCAGGCUCAUGCACCCCAGCUUGGGUUCCCCCCACUUCUGUGACCUCAGAACACUCCUGCAGGUCUGACAUCAGCCUCACGAUCCCUCUGAUGGAAGUCCCCUGAGGAGGGGCGGAGCCUAGCUAAGUCCCUGGGGAGAUUGGGGGCGCAGUGAGAGGGGAAGAGAGAAAGACCCCAUGUACCUCUUCUUCCGGGGCGUGUGAGGCCGCCUCGGGCGGACCGCCAGGUCCUUUGAGGCCACAAACGACUGUCUGCCUGCUGCCCAGCCUAGAGGUAACACACCCUCCCGCUGGGACCAUGGCCACCGGUAAACAAAGCGAUCCUUGUGGCUCCUCCAACAGCUGCGGGCUGGGGCAGGAGGGCCUGGCGCCCAGCACUCCCACGGCCCCUGCCUGGGCUUCCCUGUGCCCUCGGCCUGCAUCCCACCAGUCCACAGGCCCCCACUGGACCCACCUCUCCACACAGCCACAACACCCUUGGCUGGGGGUGGGGACCUACAGGGCCAAGCAGCUCUGCACAGCAGCAGCAACCAUGUCAGGCGCAGUGACCACAAGGAGGCUCCAGCUGUCUUGUUGCCAGCCUGCGUCCACCUUGCCGGGACAAUGGUAGGGGCAAGGCGGACAACCUGGGGCCAUUGAGAGCUCUGGGGCUCACACCUGAGUGGGUCGCAAAGCCUCUAUUUGCCAUACUGAAAUGCCAGCCCUGUGGACACUGGUCACAGGGGCCUUUUCCAGGAGGUCUCAGGGCGUGCGGAGCAACCUCAGAAAGGCUUUGCACAGUACAGGGUUGGGGGGACCUGAGCUAUUCCCUCUCACUGAUUUGUGACAACUCAGUGCUAUGAGGCCACAUGGCCUGCCGGCUGCAGUGCCGGGGCCUGGCUGACCGCGACUUGGGCAGCUAAGCUAGCUACUUUUACAGGGCACUGUGAGGACCCAGGAUGCCAAGCAGUGGUCCAGCAAACCCCACAUGCCAUGCCCUGGACCGCCUUCCUGGUGGGUCUGUGGGGGAGGGGGUUGGUCCCUGAGGACCUGCUGGGCCUGACCUGGUGACUCACCCUCCAGGCCAGGACCAGUCCUGAGGAGCCAGCUGCAGACCACUCUCCAGGGGAUGGAAAGGUUAAUCUGCAUCCAGCAUGCUGCUUGUCCCAACAGUUUUACUCGCGGAGGAACAGUUCAGUCGUACACGGUAACAUGUCGUAAUACACGGUAACAUGUUGUAAUGCCGCAGUGUGCCGUAACACCCUGGGACUGUGCGUUACGCAGGAGGGAAGGGGCCCCGUUCCCGCUAGAAGACAGGAGCAAGGAGGUAUCCCCCCAACACACUUACAUUGGGGGCCUAGGAGAGUAAGAAGUUUACUCUGAAAACCAGAAUCUAGAGAGGCCCAGUGGCCACCACCAGGAAGGCUGUCCAAGGCAGACCUGAGGGUGUGAUUUAUCCAUUUAUAAAUGUUAACAAGAACAUAACGCAGGUGUACUGUUUUUAAGGCGAUUGAUUAAAAGUGCGACCGCAUGUAAUUGUUUUUCCUUCAUAAGAUCCCUCCACAAACACAAACAUAGACAGUGAAAAUUAAAGGAAUUUUGUCAGCCCAGGCAUGUUGAUCUGUGGUUGGGGUAACAGAGCAGGGGGCCCGGAGAUUGGAGCAUGCCCGCGCCCAGGGAGGUCUGGGCGCCGCCCUCGUCUCCACGGAGCUCGGUGCGCUGGGGGCGAAAUACCAAGGCGACGGGCACCAGGCCAGCGCCGUCUCCAUAACAAGCUCGCGGCUGCUGGGCAGAGACCCGCCCUCCCCUCCACUCCCCUCCCCUGCUUCGGGCCCGGCGCAGCGGCCCACGUGCUCCCUCACCUGACCGCCACAGAGCGGGCGUGCCGACCAAGGAGGGGGCGCAGGGAGCCCAAGGCCUCCGGCGUUCUGGGGGAGGGCCCCUACUCCACCGACACGCCGGCCCGGCGCCGCCGCCCCUUAGCAACCGAACCCUGUUUGUCUCUCCAGCGAAUGGCCUGGCGCCCCUCCUCUGUUUCGAGACCCCGCAGGGUAGCCUCGGCCACGCGCGGCCCCGUUUCACCGCAGUCCGAGGCAGCAGUGCACGCCCUCCAGAAGCGCACGCCCGGGCCCGCGCUCUCGCUCAUCGGGUCUGCGGGGACGCCUGCACGCGUGCGCGCCGGCCCGCAGCCCGGUCUGCCUUUCCCAGCGCCUGCUCGGGACUGCGCCCGCCUUCGGCCCCGCCAGCCGGAGUCCCCGCGCGCCCCAAGCCCGCGCGCGCCCCGCGGCACCGCGGCACCGCGGCGGUUACCAAGACGCUGGCCCCGCGCAGCCAAUAGCGCCCUCUCCGGAGCCAGCCAAUGAGAGAACAAAUCAAUCAUUUGAAACACCCAAUGGGCAGAGCACCACCGCGCGAAGGGGCUCAUUUUGAUAGGGAGAGCGGAGGCCGCGGCCGACCAAUAAACAGCAAACGGCGUUGGGAAGGCGGGCGUGAAGCUUCUCGAUUGAUGGGUUUCAGCCAAUCGAACGA